AUGCGCUUCACAUCCUCCAUCUUAUUGACCGUCGCGGUCCUCGCCAUUGGUACCGGCGCCAUCCCUGCCGCCGUCGAAGGCAAGCUUUACGCACGCUUAUCGGCAUGUGAGCAGGAAUACGGAGUCUUCCCAGCCUGGAAUGGGCCUUGUGAGGAUACCAGUAUGUUAAACUGCUCUAAGCUCUUUCCUUUCGGUGGAAUGUUUACUAAUCAACAAUGUCAUCCAGACUGUGGAGCGGAAGCAACGAAUUGUCAGGCAAUCAGUCAGGGAUGUAUUGCUUAUCCCAGUAUGUAUAUGUAUUUGGACCGGGCUUACUAUUGAAAGAGACUGACGAGGCCAUUUAGGCGUAGCAUGCCCUGCUAAGGGAUGUACCUGCACUACUUUCUAG